ACAUGCUCCCAUAUCUUAGUGGGUCACAUGGAUUACUGUCUGGUUGACAGGGUUGACAAUACUGGUACACCAUAUGUCAGGACACGCAGCGUUAUCAAAACAGUAGCUAAACAAUUUGAAGAGAAUGUCUACACAGUGGUUGUGUUUUAGUGCCUCGGCUGGUACAAGAUCUGGACCGGCGGACUCUCCACGUUUAGCACGUACAACCGUGUGACCUCAGGCCUUGUAAUACGCAAAUGCAGGGAUGAGGUCUGGACGGAACACUGACAGUGGUUGGGCGUGGGUGGUCCUUGCGGUGUCGGUGUUCAACAUGUAUGUGUUGGGGACUCUGGUCAUCUCUGUAGGAAUGUUCCAGGACCGGUUUCUCCAGCAUUACGAUGGCAGUACGGCUUAUAUUAGCUUGGUGUGUUCCUUCUUCAUCAGCCUGCAGUCAAUACUAGGUCCUGUGGCGAGUGUCAUCUGUAACAUGUUCAGUAUACGUACAUCCAUAAUGAUUGGAGGAACAAUACUAUCUGUUGGACUCGUGGCGUCCAGCAUUACCAACACUCUUCCGCAGUUGCUUGGCUGUUUCGGAAUACUCUCUGGGAUAGGAUUUGGCAUCAUUUACACGCCAGCUACAAUAGUUGUCGGAUAUUACUUCCAGGAGAAAAGAGUAUUAGCCCAUGGACUCGCGUUAUCAUUCACUGGCGUCGGUGUCUUGUCUGGUCCGCAUGUGAUUGGCUGGUUGAUUGACCAGUUUGGCUGGAGGACCGCGAUGUCCACGCUUGGAUGUGUCAUUGCCCAGAUGGUGGUAACGGGAUCUCUGAUAUUUCCACACGAAAGGUCAAAACAAAGUGCUUCUGUUGCAGUUGGUAAAAAUGUCAGCGCAUUCACACUUCUGAAAGACAAGAUUCUACUUAUCAUCCUUCUCAACUAUUUCACAUUAAUGAUGGGCUACUCAAUUCAGCUGGUUCAUCUGCCAUCUUAUGUGCGUUCCGUUGGAGUACCACCGGCCAAAGUCCCAUCGCUGUUCACCGCCUAUGGACUCACUCUCACUGUGGCGCGGAUUCUCGUUGGGGCGAUCUGUAAUGACAAGAGCACUGAUUUGCUGAUGAUGUACAUAUCGUGCCAAGGCCUGAACUCUUUGACUGUAUUAUUCAUGCCACUGUUCGCCCAUGGAUUUGCUCAGCUUGUUCUAUACCAAGUUCUGUUUGGCUUAUAUUACGGUGUUAGCUUUAUGUUACUGACGCCUAUUGUUGUGGAGCUGUUCGGAGUUGAACGCCUGGCAACAGUGUUUGGAGUUACCUUAUGUGUUGGCGGUGUAAGCUAUCUGAUUGGUCCCACCAUUGCAGGUGCACUGUACGACAUGACAUCAUCAUACGCCGCAGGGUUCCAUAUUGGUGGCUCUGUGUCUCUUCUGGGCACCAUGCUGCUAUUCCUCAUCCCGAUACUGAAGAGAGAAGCCAAAGUUCCAGGAGAUCCUGAGAACCCGGAAUGUUUGAUCCUUCUUAAUGCGAAGGAGCAAGGUCCAUUUUGAAAUUAAUGUGCAUACUGUAUAUAUUUCAGAGUGAAAACAGCAAAAGACGUUGUUUAUCAUUUAAUAUUAUCUGUUUUAAAUAGAAUUAUUUGAUGAUGUUUUUCUUCAAUAUAUUGGUAGGAGAUGAGUAUGCACUGAGAUUGUUAGUGGCUGUGCCCUUAAUGGGUGUUGAAGCACGCCUAAAGAGGGUAUGUACGACCACAGCUUUCAAGCUGUAGUUAUAUCUACCUGAAUUGUAAGUGCUGAAUAAGUGUUUAAUAUUAAUCUCCGGCUAAACCAACAAUCGCCAGUAACUAGUGAUAGGUGUACAUCUGGCAGUGGAACCAUAUAGGUAGCAGAGAUAGAGGAAGUCACCAUGGUCCCCAGUAUGGUGGCUUUACCUAUGUUGCUGGCCACCUAGCCCCGUUUUUAUGCAAUAUCAGUGUAAAAUGAUCUGUGACUAGUAUUAAACAAAUCUGUGAUA